AACAGACUAUAAUACACUCAACAUCACUCUUGUCAUUACUAACAAAUUACUAACAGAUUUAUCAUGUCAAGUACACAUGCUUAAUAGCCAGGGCUCAAAACUAGAAUAUGAAUUACAUUGAUUCAAUUCUUACUGUUAAAGGCAAAGCUGAUGAUAUUAACUUUCAGAGAGAUGCAGCCUUGGGAAACACAUUGGUAUUAUUGAACCGUGGUGAGGAUCAGAGUAUGGAAUCCCAUUCCCUCUGACUGAAGAAAUUGAGCAAAUUGUUGAUGUGAAAUAGGAAAUUAUAGGAAUGAUUGAAACAGUAUUUUGGGUAGAGAUGAAUGAGGCAUCGUGUGAAAUGUGAGAGAAAUUACCCUACUAUUGGUGAGAGGGUGCCGGGAAAAGAUUUUGAGUUGGAAGUAGCAGUAGCUGAAAGGAAAAAAGCUGUAAAUUUUUGAUCAAAGAUGCUUUUCUGUUAGUCUUUGUUUAGUGACAUGUUGAAAUACUUUUGGCACAGUAUAAUGUUUUUGUUUUUUAUUUUUUUGUGUAUGUGAAAAUAAUGGCCAGGACUCACUCAUGAUAUAUAUGUGAUACGUAAAAGCAACUGUAAAAGUCAGAUUAUAGAUAUGUUAAAUGAUGCCUUGUCAUUUUUUUUAAGUGGUUGCAGUAUUUUUUUUUUUUUUUUAAUAUUUUAUAUAGCAUUUCUCUUUAAUAUCUCAUUCACAAAAUAGAUGAUGGGAUUGUCCCAUCUGUAAGAGCCAGCUACGUGGGAAGAAAACUCAAGAUGUCAAUCCAUGAAACAUACCUCCUUCUCCAUGCUUAUCUCCACAUUCACACAUAUAUAUCUGUAUAUUGUUUCUGUUGCUCUACCUACCUUCUUGGUGCAAUCGUGCUUGAUACCUGCAGAAGCCUGACUUGCUUUGAUUCUAAAUCCUUUGCCAAGUGCUUCAGGAUUCUGGUAAUAAACACCUAAAAAGAUCAGGGUGAUUAUUCUCUCUGAGCAAUUAUAUGUUUAAUUAUGGUACCUGUCUGCACCAUGCAAGAGUAGUCUCAGGGCAGUUGCUUCAGAUUUACUGUGUGGUUUUUAUUAUUUUCAGUUAAUCUAAUGUGGCUUUUUUCCCCCCCCUUUCUUCCUUUAGAGCCCAAGCCUGUUCAAAUAGUAGUUCCUUAUGUGCUUUAUAGCAAUGCUGUGGUAUUAUUUGUUCGCAUGCCUGACACUGGAGUAUUUGAUGGCAUAUAUGUUACAAUGAAUGACGGACCUAACAGAACAUUCAAUUUGAAAAGCGAUGGCAAAAUAACAGUUGAAAACCUUACUCCAGGAACACUGUAUGAUUUCCAUGUCUUCACAAAAAGCAGAGAAAUGUUGAGCUCCUCUUACCGUGUAACUGGUGUAAAAACAUGUUUAGCUGCACCACUCAAUGUACGAGAAGGCAAUGUGACAGACACUUCAAUACAGAUUGCUUGGGACCGUGCAGAAGGAGAUUUUCAGCAAUAUGAAGUCACAUGUACAAACUGUGCAAGUGCUUUCAGGGUCCAGAAAGUCAAGCAAGAAACAGCAACAUUUUCCAACCUUAUUCCUGGUAAGCUGUACAGCUUUACAGUUCGAUCAGAAAAGGAAGGUUUCAGAGAUAGUGUACUUGUUGCAAAGGAAAUAGAGACAGGUGAGACCUCAGUGUCACUAUAUUCGUAACUUGUUUUAUUC